UAGUCGCGUAGACAGAGACUUCUGCAAAAGGGAACAAUCGUCCAAGAUGCCAUUGGGCAAGGCUUUGGAUGUGAUUGUUGUGGGUUCCUGUAUGACUGAUUUGGUGAGCCAGGCACCAAGAUUACCAAAAGCAGGGGAAACUAUCCAUGGGCACAAGUUCUUCAUCGGGUUUGGUGGUAAAGGAGCCAACCAAUGUGUACAGGCUGCAAGACUGGGCGCAGAGAGUGCAAUGGUCUGCAAGGUUGGAAAAGACUUCUUUGGAGACAAUUAUAUCCAGAAUUUCAAGGACAGCGGUGUACACACAGACUUUGUACAGCAGACCUCGAAUGCAGCAACUGGGGCAGCCUCCAUCAUCGUCAACGAUGCAGGGGAAAAUGCCAUUGUAAUAGUUGCGGGUGCGAACAUGCUGCUGAACACUGAGGAUCUGAAGGACAUACAGGCUUCUCUGAGCCGAGCUAAAGUCCUGGUGUGUCAACUGGAAAUCAGCCCACAGACCUCCCUGAAGGCGAUGUGCAUGGCCCAGGAGAGCGGAGUGAAGACAAUAUUCAACCCAGCGCCAGCAAUCGAGUUCUUGGAUGAAGAAUUCUACAAAGUCUCUGAUGUGUUCUGCUGUAAUGAGUCUGAGGCUGAGCUGUUAACAGGCUGCCCAGUUUCCACAGUGGAUGAAGCAGAGCAUGCGGGACAGAACCUGCUAGCUCGUGGUUGUGGGGCAGUUAUCAUCACAUUAGGACCCCAGGGUUGUGUGGUGCUCCAGGCAAAAGAAUCCACCUCCAAACAUAUCCCGACAGAAGCAGUAAAAGCCGUGGAUACAACGGGUGCUGGUGACAGUUUCAUUGGAGCAUUGGCGUUUUACAUGGCCUAUUAUCCCACAGUGCCUUUGGAGGAGAUGGCAAGGAGAGCCAAUCGAGUUGCAGCAGUGAGUGUGCAGACCAUGGGCACACAGACAUCUUUUCCCUUUAAAAAAGAUCUGCCUUCUGCAUUAUUCUGAAGCCAUGAAACCAAAUUGCACAAGUAAAUAUUUCUACAACGGAUUUAAGUUCAAGUGUAUAAAAGUUUAUUUUUAACCAAAAAUAUGGAAUAUUGAGAUGU